AAAAAAAAAUAAAUCCAUGCGGCCUAGAGUUGCAUAACGUUUAACUUCUUAGAGGUUUCAACCAGGCAAUAGCUGGGCCCAAUUGGAAGAUUACAUUUGCAAACACUAGAUAGAAGUCCAGAUCAUUCAAGUUAGUUCUUUAACGUUCGUGAAUUACGAAAAAGGUUUUGAGGCCCAAAAGUUUAAAGUUCGAGAAAAUACUAGAUCUCCUUCAGCCUGCUAUAAAAUACCCGACAUGUCUUAGCUUUGCAGUGUAGGAAGACAGAAUCACAACAAACAAACACUUUUAAUUUAACUUUUCAAGUGUCUGAUUAAUCCUGGUUUCAUCAUAAAAAGGAAAUGGCGAUGAUCCCGAGUUUCUUUGGCAACCGAAGGAGCAGCAUCUUCGAUCCUUUCUCUCUUGAUGUUUGGGACCCAUUCAAGGACUUCCCUUUCCCAUCUUCAUUCACCACGCAUACCCCUGAAACCUCAGCUUUUGCCAACACCCGAAUUGACUGGAAGGAAACUCCAGAAGCGCAUGUCUUCAAGGCUGAUCUUCCAGGGCUUAAGAAAGAAGAAGUCAAAGUUGAGGUAGAAGAUGACAGGCUACUUCGAAUCAGUGGAGAGAGGAAAACAGAAAAGGAAGACAAGAAUGACACAUGGCACCGUGUGGAGCGGAGUAGUGGGAAGUUUUCGAGGAGGUUUAGGUUGCCUGAGAAUGUGAAGAUGGAUCAAGUUAAAGCUUCCAUGGAAAAUGGGGUUCUUACUGUUACUGUUCCUAAGGUGGAAGUGAAGAAUCCUGAUGUCAAAGCCAUUGAGAUUUCUGGUUAAAGGCUCUAAGAGCUUGAAGGGUUUUGUUGUUAAUAUGCCAAAGCUGCUUAUAUGAUACUCUCGUCUAUCUGCUUGUCUUUUUUUGUGCUUGGUGGAUUGAUGUUAAAAGUUAAAUUUUGGUUUGUAAUACUAUUAAGUUCUCAUCUUGCUGUCCCCCCCCCCCCCAAUAAAUUGCAGGCAUUAAACUGUUCCUUUGUCUUCUUUAUUUUCUCUUUCUGGAUUCAACUUCUCUUUUCAAGUCAUCUCCUUUAACCAAUUUCAAAAUUCGUUUUGGUAAUAAAGGUACAUUAAAAAAUGCUUCUAUUUCUAUGUUGCAAUUUUGGCAUAUAAGUCGCAAGAAUGAUACAAUUGUUCGCCUUGGUUUAUCUAUUUGCAGUUAAUUUUUUCCUGUUCACUAUUGGUUGCCUUUCAACAUAAAGGAUAAACUUUUCAUCAGAAAAUCUUUAAUGGCUGUUUUAUGCUCUCAUUUCUUAUCUGUGCUUAGGAAAAAAAAAAAAAA